AUGUGUGGACACAUCACCACUCUCUUCCAACACAUCUCCUCCACCCACUCCCAAGACACAAUUUGUGUUCUGGAGGACCUAAACAGCAACGAAUAUUGGUGCAAGAUUCCCGACGAUACACCAAAUAUCACAGAGGACUCCGAAGACAGCUACUGGCCCAACCUAGAAGCCAGCAUCGAUAGCCACAAGGUCCAGUUCAAGGACCUCUCCAUCGAGUGUGCUGUCUGCCGCACCGACGUGACCAUCUUCCCGAAAGAUCACGUCGUUGAGGAGGAAGUCGGCGAGAGCCACAGGGCCGUUAUCCUCCCCUGUGGACACAUCUUUGGCGCCUCGUGCGUCAAGAGGUACUUCGACAUGAAGUCGCAGGAGAGAGCUCAUGCCUCCUGCAUCAAGUGUCGAGCCGCGUGCUACCACCCUGCCUGCGGACAUCCCUUCUAUGGGGAACCCAUGCCAUGUAGUGUACCACGCAUGGCAUUCACCCCGCAUGUCGUGGGCAAAGGUGGUAGCAUUGACCAGCGGUGCAAGACUUGCACCUACAGAAAUGUAAUAAUGGAUAUUAUUGCAGAGGUCAAGCGGGCACCAGACCGCACCAAGGCGAUGGACGAGUUCUUGGGCGUGGUUCUCAAGAUCGACGGCAAGUCGUAUACGCUCCGAGGCUGCAUAGACGGCCUGGACCGUGGGGUCCUGGAGCAGGUGUACCUCCCGGAGUCCGUGGGAGACCUCUUCGCCGGCUACAAGGACCGGCUGGAGAAGAAAGAGGACGGGCAAGACUACUGGAUAAGUGGUCGACUCGGCGAUUGGGGUGCCAUAAUAUAUGCCCCCACACAACAGAACUAG